UAGAGCAUUUUGCUUUCAACUGCAGCCUGACCGCGAUCCCAUACCAUAUCAGCCCAGCAGCGGCGCUUGUUUACCUUCACUACAUCAUCGCAACACAUCUAGGCACGAGCACACCCAACCCACCUCAGCCACCCCUCCUGUUCCGAAGCACAGUCUCUUUUGCAUAUCACGUAACAUGUCGAACACCGACUUCCUCGGCCGGGCGAUUGACUCGGUCAAAAAGGCCAUCGAACUAGACACGGCGGGGUUAUACGAGCAAGCAUACCAACAAUACUACAGUUCCCUAGAACUAUUCAUGCUCGCACUAAAAUGGGAAAAGAACCCGAAAUCAAAAGAGAUGAUCCGCGCCAAAGCAGGCGAAUACAUGGAUCGAGCAGAGAAACUGAAAACGCACAUCCAAGCCGCCGACUCAAACACAAAAAAGCCAGCCGCAAUGGGUGUCAACGGGAAAGCCGUCAACGGCGGCGGCAAAGGUGAAGGAGGCGAGAAAGACGACGAGGACGCCGACGCAAAGAAACUACGAGGUCAAUUGACCGGUGCCAUCUUGACAGACAAACCGAAUGUAAAGUGGGAGGACGUAGCCGGGUUAGACGCGGCGAAAGAAGCGCUCAAAGAGGCGGUCAUCCUACCCAUCAAAUUCCCACACUUGUUCCAAGGUAAACGACAGCCCUGGAAAGGCAUAUUACUCUACGGGCCCCCAGGUACAGGUAAAUCGUACCUCGCCAAAGCCGUAGCCACCGAAGCAAACAGCACCUUCUUCAGCGUCAGCUCCUCCGACCUAGUGAGCAAAUGGAUGGGCGAGUCCGAACGUCUAGUCAAACAACUAUUCAACAUGGCGCGCGAGAACAAACCGGCCAUCAUCUUCAUCGACGAGGUCGACGCCCUCUGCGGGCCCAGAGGAGAAGGCGAGUCCGAAGCCUCAAGACGUAUCAAAACAGAACUACUAGUGCAGAUGGACGGCGUAGGCAAAGAUUCAAAAGGUGUCUUGAUCCUCGGCGCGACAAACAUCCCCUGGCAACUCGACGCCGCUAUCCGACGGCGUUUCCAACGAAGAGUGCACAUCUCCUUACCAGACAAGCCCGCGCGGAUGAGGAUGUUUGAGUUGGCCGUCGGAGACACCAAGUGCGAAAUGUCCCAGCAAGACUACAAGACUCUGGCCGACCUGAGUGAGGGUUAUUCGGGGAGUGAUAUCAGUAUUGCCGUGCAGGACGCGCUGAUGCAGCCCGUGCGCAAGAUUCAAAUGGCCACGCACUAUAAGAAGGUGACAGUGGAAGGCGAAGAGAAACUCACCCCUUGCUCACCCGGCGACGAAGGUGCCAUGGAAAUGACCUGGGUAGACAUCGACUCGAACCAACUCCUCGAACCGCCCCUCAACGUCAAGGACUUUGUCCGCGCCAUCAAAGCGUCGAGGCCGACAGUCUCGGGUGAAGAUCUGAAACGGAACUCAGAGUGGACGGCCGAGUUUGGUAGUGAGGGAGCUUGAGACCUCUCAACGUCGACUUUUGCUGUGUUUAGUUUGGACUCAACUCGGUGUUUGAUAUUGGGACCGAGAGCAGAGGCGUUAAGUGGGUCAAUACGGUUGUCAUCUCGGGCGAUUUUGCUUUUACUUGAUGGGAAAAUACUGCUGUGCAUGUCCUGUAUGGAUGGGGACGGUCAGGUGCUGCUGUUUCUACGUGAUGAGGUCAAGAGUUAUUGCUUUGUGCACGUCAUGAAUGGGUG